AUGUUACCGGAGUCCCUUAAGACCCUGGGGGAUUGUCCUGAGGUCGUAGUGGCGGUCAGCAGGGACCCUAGCCGCCCGCAAGCUCGCGCGCGGGGCCGGAUCUCUCCACUCGCAGCCUUCGCUCCCAACAGCCUCCCCAGCCGGCCGCCAGCCGCGAACCGCCUCCGCCCACAGGCGCGGCGCAGGCCGGGGCGGGUCACAGGCGCCCGCGGGCAGGAGUGCAGUAAUAUGGUUGAUGGUAAUUUGGAAGACACUCCCAGGGAGAUGGUAAUUGAGUUCAAUCCUCCAUUGUACAGACAGCGGUAUCAAUUUGUUAAAGAUUUAGUGGAUGAACGGGAACCCAAGAAGGUUGCAGACCUGGGAUGUGGUGACACUUCACUUAUGACGCUGCUGAGAGUCUGUCCGUGCAUUGAACUGCUUGUUGGAGUAGAUAUCAAUAAGGAUACAUUACAGAGGAGAAGGCAUAAGUUAUCUCCCUUCAUAGGGCAUUAUCUGAGUCCCCGGGACCUGGAUUUGACUAUCACAUUAUAUCAUGGCUCUAUUGUGGAAAAGGAUUCUCGUUUGCUUGGAUUUGACUUGAUAACAUGUAUUGAAUUGAUAGAGCAUCUGGAUUCUGGCGAUCUGGCCAGCUUCCCUGAAGUGGUGUUUGGGUACAUGUCUCCAUCCUUGGUCGUCAUCAGCACACCAAAUGCUGAGUUCAAUCCCCUGUUCCCGUCAGUGACCAUGAGAGAUUCAGAUCAUAAAUUUGAGUGGACCAGAAUGCAGUUUCAGACUUGGGCUCUGUGUGUGGCGGAUCGCUACAAUUACUCUGUGGCGUUCACUGGUGUGGGGGAUCCCCCCUCUGGGGCAGAGAGUGUUGGCUACUGUACCCAGAUUGGCAUCUUCCAGCAGAACGGAGGAAAAGCCCCGGAGUUGCGCGUGGCCGAGCUGUGUGAGCAACAUAUUUAUACAACUGUUUUCACGGUCUCCUACCCGAGCCUACAGCAGGAAAGGUAUCUCGUCCCUCAGCUGAUGAGUCAGGUGUCCCAGCACGUGGAAAGCUUGAGAGUGGGCUACCUGCGGAGUCUGCAAGAGCAGGACGGAGCCCUGAAGGCGAAGCCAGAAGACCCUGGUGGCUUCGGACCUUCCUUCACAGAGGAUGAAAAAGCCCGGAUCGAGAAGUCUCCCAAGCCCUUCUGUGUGGGCAGCAAGUUUUUCGUGCCCCUGCGGAGACUCCUCGCUUAUUCCAGGCUGAGCCGCCUGUGCGCCAGCGAGGAGGUGCUGAGGUCACGCAUCGCGGCCUCCAUGCCCCUGAGCGGCGAUGGCUCUGCCGUGGUCGUGGGCCUGCACGGCCGCUCAGACCCUCAGAGUCGCUUCUGA